UAAGUGAAAGAAACAACUGUCCCAUCUAUAUAUAUUGACCAUCUCUACGAAACAGCACAGUUCUGCAAAGAAAGAAAGAGAGAUAUAAAAUGUUGGGUGCUGGAAUAACAGCAGCGAUGUUGGCAAUUGAGUGUUUGGAAGUGGGGUUGAGUACUCUAACUAAAGCAGCAUUGAACAAAGGCAUGAGUAACUUCGUGUUUGUUGUUUACUAUAAUGCCUUCGGGACAAUCUUUAUUCUUCUUCCGUGUUGUCUCAUCUUGUACAGGAACAGAAGUCGCCCUCCACUCACAUUGUCCAUUAUCUGUAAAAUCUUUCUUCUUGGGCUGUUUAGCUGUUUUUCUCAGACUUGCCUGUUUAGCGGGAUUGGAUAUAGCUCUCCAACCUUAGCCUCAGCACUUGUUAAUAUUACCCCUGCUUUUACAUUUAUUCUUGUCAUAAUUUCCAGAAUGGAAAAGCUAGAUUUGAGAGUUAAAAGCAGUCUAGCCAAGUCUAUUGGCACCUUGGUAUCAAUUGCAGGGGCAUUAACUGUGACUUUGUACAAUGGCCCAGCAAUUACGAGUACUUUAUCUCUGAAUUUACAUAAUAAUUUUUUAUCUCCGCAUAAAGAAUGGGUGAUUGGAGGUAUUCUCCUUGCAUCUGGUAGCUGUUCCCUGUCAAUAUUGUACAUUGUUCAGACCUCUGUUAUAAAGGAAUUCCCUGAAGAGCUGACGGUAACAUUCAUUUGUUGCGUCUUUGUGACCUUUCAAUCUGCCAUACUCGCUCUAAUGGUUGAAAGAAACCCAAAUGCUUGGAAACUAAGGCCAGACUUGGAGUUGCUGGCUAUUGCGUUCUCAGCAGUUUUUAGUGCAGCACUUCGAGGUCUUGUGCACACAUGGGCAUGCCAUAAGAAGGGAGCUCUAUACGUUUCCAUGUUUAAGCCGCUUUCAGUAGUCAUCGCUGUUGCAAUGGGGGUCACUUUUCUUGGGGAUACUCUUUAUCUCGGAAGCGUUCUGGGAGCUGCUAUUAUUGCUUUUGGGUUUUAUUCUCUGAUUUGGGGCCAAGGCCAAGAAGAAAAGAUGAUUGAUGACAAAGGAAUCAAUAACUUGAAGCCAUCCUCCUCAACAGUCCCUCUUCUGCAAAACAAAAGCACGGAAGUACAAAAUUUUUACCCAGAAGUUAACAUAAUGCUGAGGCCCUGAUGGAGAAAUAGGUUCUAAGUCACUAUGCUCAAUGAAGUACGUGUAUGUAUGAUUGUAAACGAGAUAGAAAUUUCACUAAAAACCGGUGGAUGGCCUGAUGUGGUAGAAUCAUCUAUCUAUAUAGCUAUAAGCUAGGAAUGAACCAGAGGGAUUUGGUCA